CGAACCUCGUGGGUAUCAUUAUAAUUUUUUUGAGCUUUUUUGAUAAUUGUUUUCCGGUAUGAGAUCUCAACCCCACAAAUGGUCGAACGAUAUCCCCCACAUUUGAUUUGACACUAUCAUUAGAACAUAUAAUGGGACUCAAAAACAUAUUUCUCAGAUCUAAACCUACAUUCUUGAUCCAAAGCUGUAAUGUGUAUCAAAAGCGGAGCUUGUCGCUUGUUUCAUUUGAUGACAGACGGAUUACGGUGAGUUUUCCCGAGGAUGUUGGAACGGGAGACAAAGCCGAGGAAGAUCUCGAAGCUGAUCACACUCCCCAAACUCAAGUCACUUUCAGCACAAUUUUUCUUAGAGAUGCUUGCGAAUCUCCAGAAUCGGUAGAUGUGUCGACUAGGCAAAAAUCUUUCACCACGGCACAAGUGGCCAAGAAUUUAAAGGUCCACGGAGAGCCCUCAAUCGUCAGGAAAAAUAACCAGGAUCAUUUGAUUGUUCAAUGGAAACACGAUGAUGGGUCCACCCAAAAAUCUUCGUUUAGCGAGCAAGUUUUGAAGAAGUAUAAGGAUUUCCCAAGUAGAAUGGCGGGCAAGUUCUUUAUGGAGGAUAAGAUUUAUUGGUCGGAAAAGGAACUCGUGAAAGAUAUGAAGCUGUUGAAUUUAGAUUAUCACGCUUUUCUUGAAGGAGGAUCAACGUUCUCGAAAGCAUUGAAAGCAUUGAAUAAGCAUGGUAUAUGCUUUGUGAAUAAAAUGGAUGAUCCAUUGCAGAACCCUAAGACUCAGGAUCUAUGCGAGGCAAAUUUGGCGCUCUGGCCUGUGGCUAAAGUGGCAAAAAAUUUUGGAUAUAUUAAGCCAACUUUCUAUGGAACACUUUUCGACGUGAAGAAUGACAAGAAUGCAAAGAACAUUGCCAACACAAACAAGUUUCUUCCAUUGCAUAUGGAUUUAUGCUACUAUGAAUCCCCUCCAGGCCUUCAGCUCCUACAUUUCAUUAAGAACUCGACGUUGGGAGGCGAGAAUGUAUUUGCAGAUUCGUUCUUAGCAGUAUCAAAGAUUAGAAAAGAAGACUCAGAGGCAUACGAGGCAUUGAAGAAGGUACCGAUCACCUUUCAUUACAAGAACAACAAUGAGUAUUAUUAUUACCUCCGUCCUUUAAUUGUGGAAGAUCCACAUCUUGUGGAUAAUAAAAGCGGCCAGCCACUAGUUAAGGAGGUUAAUUAUUCCCCUCCUUUCCAAGGACCUUUUGAGGUGAAUAUCACUUCAACCGAGGACCCCAAACUCUUUGAUGACUUCAUCAGGGGGAUGAUUAUGUUCGAAGAUGCCAUUAACGAUCGUGCCAACCAAUAUAUCGUGAAAACACCAGAAAACAGUUGUGUAAUUUUCGACAACAGAAGAGUUCUUCACUCAAGAUUGGAGUUUUCCGAUUGCAAUGGAGGAGACCGUUGGUUGAUGGGGUGUUACGUCGAUGGAGAUAGCUUCCGCUCGAGAUUACGCACUCACAUGUCGCCAUAGGACACGAGCAAUAGAAACCAAGGGGACAGUCCCCCAUAAACAUCUCAAUUUACAUAUCAUUGUUACAAAUACACAAUUAUGCGAAUCC